UCUAAUAUUAAAUUGUUUGUGAUAGAUUGGUUGCGUGAUGAUGAAUUGGUGGAUUAUUUUGAGUGUUUGGUUAUUAACGUUAGGUUUUGGUGUUUGCAGAGAGAUAGAGUGCAUCCCAAGUGAGAGAGAAACACUUAUGAAGUUGAAGCAUCAUCUCACAGAUCCUUCAAAUAGGAUUUCAUCUUGGAAUAAUAAUAAUGCAAAUUGUUGCCACUGGCGAGGAGUUGUCUGCAACAACGUCACUGCCCACGUUCUAGAGCUUCACCUCAACACUUCACAACCUGAUAUAAAUGACUAUAUAUACUAUGACUAUAUGUUCGAUCAAGAAGCAUAUGAGAAAGCUUACGAAGCUUAUCUCAGAUCCCAGAUUGGUGGAGAGAUAAAUCCUUGUUUGGCUGAUAUGAAGCAUUUGAAUUACUUGGACUUGAGCGGCAAUAAUUUUGAAGGUACGCCAAUUCCUGCUUUUCUUUGGACAAUGACUUCCUUAACUCACCUCAACCUCUCUGAUUCUGGAUUCGAAGGGAAGAUUCCUCCUCAGAUUGGAAAUCUAUCCAAUUUGAUGUAUCUUGCCCUCACCUAUGCUGCCAAUGGAACUAUUCCACCUCAGAUUGGAAAUCUCUCCAAUUUGCUUUAUCUUAAUCUCAGAAGUUAUCCUUAUGGAUCUCUGUUUGCUGAAAAUGUGGAUUGGCUAUCAAGUCUUUCCAACCUUGAAUAUCUUGAUUUGGGAGCUGCAAACCUAUCCAAAUCAUUUCAUUGGCUGCAAACCGUCAGAUCUCUCCCUUCUUUGAAACACCUAUAUUUGUCGGAUUGUAUACUCCCUCUCUCUCACUAUACUCAACCAUCUGCACUUAACUUCACAUCACUCCUCACUCUUGACAUGUCCUCACAUUUUAUUUACCCCGUGGUUUCAUUUGUUCCGAAGUGGGUAUUUGGACUCACCAAACUUGUUUCUCUUCAAUUAAGAUGUAACAAUAUCCAAGGCCCAAUUCCUGAAGGUAUUCAAAACCUCUCACUUCUUCAAAAUCUUGGCUUGUUUUCUAAUUCAUUCUCAUCUUCUAUACCUAAUGGAUUAUACAGUCUUCGUCAUCUCAAAUUCUUGAAUCUGCAACGGAACAACUUGAAUGGGUCUAUUUCUAAUGCAUUGGGAAAUUUGACUUCUCUGGUUAGACUUGAUUUAUCAAAUAAUCAACUUGAAGGAAAACUUCCUACUUCUUUGGGUAAUCUCUGCAACUUAAGGGAGAUAGAUUCCUCAUAUCUUACACUUAACCAACAAGUCAAUGAAAUCUUACAAAUUCUUGCUCCUUGUAUUUCCCACGGACUGACAACAUUGAGACUUCAGAGUUCUCAACUUUCAGGCAAUUUGAUAGAUGAAAUUGGGGUUUUUAAAAAUAUUGUCAGGCUAGAUUUUUCCAACAACUCAAUUGGUGGUUCUCUUCCUAGAUUAUUUGGUAAAGUUUCACCACUAAGACAUCUUGAUCUGUCCAGAAAUCACUUCACAGGAAAUCCAUUCGAAAGUCUCAAGUCACUCUCUAAAUUGUCAUAUCUUGAAAUUAGAGACAACCAUUUUGAAGGAGUUGUCAAGGAAGAUGAUCUUUCAAAUCUUACAAGUUUGAAGAUGUUUUCAUCAAAAGGGAACAAUUUUACUUUAAAAGUGGGUCCCAAUUGGCAUCCAAGUUUUCAACUUGCUUAUUUGGAUAUGAGCUCAUGGCAGUUAGGUCCCAACUUUCCAUCAUGGAUUCAGUCACAAAACAAAUUGCAUUAUUUAGAUAUGUCUAAUGCAAGGAUUUUAGAUACUUUUCCCUCUUGGUUUUGGGGAACAUUUUCUCAAGCUAUUUAUGUAAACUUUUCUCAUAAUCAUAUCUACAGUAAGCUUGUGACUACAUUAAGGAAUCCACUAUCAACCAAAAUUGUUGAUCUAAGCACAAAUCAUUUAUGUGGGAAAUUGCCUUACCUAUCAAUGAAUGUCGAAUGGUUGGAUAUUUCAAGUAAUUCAUUCUCUGGACCCAUGAAUGAUUUCUUAUGUAACAAGCAAUUCAAACAAUUUGGAUUAAAACUUCUUAAUCUUGCAUCAAAUAAUUUGUCAGGGAAAAUACCUGAUUGUUGGAUAAAAUGGCCAAAUUUGAUGGAUGUAAAUUUACAAAGCAACAAUUUUGUUGGGAACUUACCCCCAUCCAUGGGCUCUUUAGCCAUGUUACAGUCUUGCAACAUUCGUAACAACUCACUCUCUGGAAUAUUUCCUAUUUUUUUGAAGAACUAUAACCAACUGAUAUCCUUGGACCUUGGAGAAAAUAACUAUUCAGGUAAAAUUCCAACAUGGAUUGGAGAAAGGCUUUUAAAUAUUAAAAUUCUCCGCCUUCGAUCAAACAACUUUUCAGGUCAUAUUCCAAAUGAAAUAUGUGACAUGAUUUUUCUUCAGGAUUUGGACCUUGCACAAAAUAGUUUGUCUGGAAAUAUACCAAGUUGUUUCAACCACAUAAGUGCCAUGUUUCAAAAGAACAAAAGUACAGAUUUAUUCAUACAUACUGAUGUGCAAUCGUAUACGGGAUCUAGUGCAAUCAGUAUAUUUUUAGGGAUAAAAGGAAGUGUUUUAGAGUACAAAAGUAUUCUUGGCUUGGUGACAAAUAUUGAUCUUUCUAAUAAUAAUUUAUCCGGAGGGAUACCUAGAGAAAUCACAUAUCUAGAUGGUUUGAUUUAUUUAAAUUUGUCCAACAAUCAAUUGACUGGCCAAAUUCCGCCAAGUGUUGGCAACAUGAGAUCAUUAGAAUCCAUGGAUAUCUCAAAGAAUCAACUUUCGGGAGAAAUCCCUCCAACCAUAGCAAACUUGAGCUUUCUCAACGAGCUAGACGUGUCUUAUAAUCAUUUGAAGGGUCAAAUUCCAACAGGCACUCAGAUUCAAAGCUUUGAAGCAUCCUAUUUUGUUGGUAAUUUUUUGUGCGGUCCUCCUUUAACUGUCAAUUGCAGUUCCAAUAAGCAAAUUUCUGGUGUUAAACGCAUUAGAACAGAGGAUGAUGGGCAUGAAGUGAAUUGGUUCUUUGUGAGUAUGACACUUGGAUUUGUUGUGGGAUUUUGUGUUGUUGUUACACCUUUGUUCAUUUAUAAAUCAUGGAGAUAUGUCUAUUUUUGUUUCCUUGAUGGCAUGUGGUACAAAAUGCAAUCCUAUUGGUGAUAGUUGGUUUUGUAAUAUAAUAUUGCUAUUAGUAUUUUAUAUGUCGUUGGAAGUAAAAUUGUAAUAAAAUUUCAACUUUGUGAGCAACUUGUUCUUAUUUUAGAUUUCAUCUAUAUAGUAUUUUGAUGAAACAUCUUAA